AUACAAAAACCAAAUAUUUGUGUAUCUUUUGUAUCAAAGUUCUAUUAAUAGACCAUGUCAAAUUUGAGUUUUCUCAGGUUUAGUCAUAGCUUCUCAUGGAAACCUUCCUUUUCACGCAAAAAUAUAGCGAAGAAGAAUAGCUUCAAGUCAAGAGAUACUUCAACUGCAGAACCAAAUUUCCAGCCAAAAGAAGAGGAAAUGAAAUGGGUGUUCGAGAAAUUUGACACCAACAAAGAUGGCAAGAUUUCCCUUGAAGAGUACAAGGCAGCUGCAAGGGCCUUGGAUAGGGGCAUUGGGGACACUGAGGCAGUGAAGGCAUUUAAGGUCAUGGACUCCGAUGGAGAUGGAUUCAUUGACUUUAAAGAGUACAUGGAAAUGUUCAAUGGUGAGGGUAAGAUAAAAGAAACGGAGAUAAAAAAUGCUUUUCAAGUAUUCGAUUUGAACGGUGAUGGGAAAAUUAGUGCUGAGGAGUUGUCACAAGUUUUGAAAAGGCUAGGAGAGAGUUGCACCCUUAGCGCUUGUAAAAAAAUGGUCAAAGGGGUGGAUGGAAAUGGAGAUGGUUUAAUAGACUUGAAUGAGUUUACAAGGAUGAUGAUGAGUGGCAAGAAACUAGCCUAAGUCAAUAUAUUAUGCAUUGAGGUGAAAGCAUCAUCUGUGUGUUAGAACUUUGGGAUAUAGUGUUUCCAAAGCUGUGUCUUCCUUAAGAUAUUUAGUUUCUUUUCCUUAAGAUAUAGUGUUUCCAAAUGCUAAAUGGAUAGUUUGGUUCAAUGUACGGUAAUUAUCAUAUUUGUUAGUAAAGAGUGUAAUGUUCUAAUACAAAAAUCACAAAUUUUAUUGUUUU